GAUCGGCCCGCCACCAGCACCGUCGAUCGGAGGUAAAGAAAUUACACACAUGCAGUCGCCAGACAAGGACGCCUCCAGGAGACGCGCCAAGGCCAAAGGGAGACAGAGGCUGGGAUCUGAAAGCUAUUCUUCUACCAAUUGGUCAGGGCAGGUCAAUUUUGGCUGCCUAUUGAAUUGACCUGAUCUGGGAGAUGCUGCCAGGACCGAUCACGAUCAGUUUCAGCUUGUCCUUUGACUUGGAAGGACAUUUUUUGCAGUUUUUUUUAAUGUUAAAUUUUAGAAAGUGACAAUUUUUACAUUAAGUUGGUGUUUAAAGAGUGUUCAAAAAUGACAGCACUUUACUUGCUGAUUUUAUCAGCGAUCGUCAACUGCAGUGUCGGUUACACGAUCGUUGAACGACCUGCAAAAGUCGAUGAGAAAGAGUUCAGCUACAACCGAAUUCCAUCCGGCGUAGUUCAAUCGCGUCCCCCGACGGGCUUCUGGUUUCAGCAACAUCCGUACAACCUGCCGAAGUCCGAUUCCCAAGCGCUCUUCGAGCUGUACUACCUGACCCAGGUGAUCACCAUCUACCGACGCCACCAUCCACGUGCACACCGGUCCCAUUUGGACGCGCUCGUCGAAGAACUGCAGGAUGACGGUUUUCAGCAGAAAAUCCGUCAAGCGCUGCAAGGUAUCAAGGAACUCGACGUCCUGAAAGCCUACGCCGACUUGAACCUCCAGGACUAUGCCCCGUUCGUGAACGAUCGUCGCCAGCUGAUUCCGGCGAUUCACCGAACGCUGAACGAGAUCCAGCUCGGCCAGAUUAAGGACAAAUCACUUCGAUGGACGUUGGAGCGGUUGAAGGAGGAAUCGACGGCGUUGACGGUCAAGAUGGCACGCAAGGAGGCCGAGGUGCUCAGGGAGUUGAUCGAUUCGAACCGGAAGGUCGAGAAGGCUUGGACCGUGUCGGACAUCCUGGCGGCCGUGUUCGGAAAGCAGGACGAGGACACCAUGAAGGACUUUGAGCAGAAGUAUGAAGUCGUGGACGACGGGAAGCCGAUCGACGAUGGUAAGGUUGAGGAGUUCUGGGUGGUGUUUGAGGACGACAAGCGCGAGGAGUCUACGACUAAGGCGGCGCCUUCUUCAGCUGAACCGGAAACUAAGCCAUUCCAGUUUGUUGACGACAACUACGAGCAGUACGAGGCGAAACAGGAAGUUGAGGUCGAUGCUAAGGAGGAAUCAGCAGAACAAAGUUCUGAGCCAAAGGAGGUAGAAGAAGCUGUUACCAUUGAAGAGGUUCAGCAAUCUCUGGAACAGGACUCUGAGCCCAAAGAAGAGGUCGAAGCUGGUGCCGAAGAAGAAGUUGAAUCGUUGGAACCAGAUACAGCCGUUGAAAGAGAAGACACCGUUGCCGAAGAAGAAACCAUCGAAGAAUCUCUUGAACAAGAGUCAACUGUUGAACUGGACGGCGAGCAGCGUAUUGAGACUGAUGGUUUUGAGUUCAAAGCGGAAAACUAUGAAUCGGAUCAAGACUACGAGCGAACGGUACCGGAAGAAGACGAUCAAGGCUUGGUCGAAGAAGUCGUAGCUGAGGAAGAACUUCCCGAUUCCGUUCCCGAAGAACUGCAGACGCUGGAUGCUUCAGUGGAAGUCGUAGAAGAACCUGAACCGGAAUACACUGAAGAAGUCGAGGAUGAACUACCAAGCCUGGAAGACUCUGCGAAAAUUGAAGAACAACCAGAGCCUGCUUUCACUGAAGAACUGCAGAAUCAAGAUGAUCUCGUAGAAACUGAGGAGCAACUUGAGUCAGAAUCUACAGAAGAAAUCAAUGAGGAACUGCAGAGUGUGGAUGGUUCCUUGGAAGUUGUCGAGGUAUCUGAACCAGGAUACACUGAUGAAGUCGAGGAAAACCUACAAAGUUUGGAUGAUUCCGUUGAAUCCGAACAACCCGAACUCACCGAAGAACUCGUGGAGGAGAUCCCCGAACCAGCCGCAGCCAAGGCUUCACAGGACUCGAUCACUUUCCCGGAAGAUCCCAAUUGGGUCGAGGAUUCUGUGAGACCGCUUGGAUCGUCGGGAGCUACUGGGUUGGACUCCGUGUACAAUCCGGAAGAGGUUGAAACUCCGGUGACCCAAUCGGUACCCCUUUGGAUCAGUAAAGGCUACGCCACUGAGUACGAGGGACGAGAAGUUGUUGAUGAAGAAGAAUUUGAAGAAGUCCAACAAGCAGAAGUUUAUACGAAUGACUUGGAGUCCCGAGCUGAACCAACUGAAACAGUGGAAAUCGACCAGGAAACGCUUCGCUACGUCGCCUUCGAGAUCCUCAAGGUGGUGAGCCUGCUGGAGGACAACGCCGGCUUCACCGGACUGCGCGAUCAGAUCACCACCGAAGACGUGGAUCGCCUGAUCGAGCAGCUGAGCGUGGAGCAGUUUGUGGGUCUGAUCGACGAGCAGGGCAUCAACCGGGUUGAGAUGAUCAACGCGUUGGAGCGGUUGAUCGUGGAAAAGAAUCUGGAGAAUUCGGGCGAGAUUUUGGAGGUUCUUGAGCAGUGGAAGCAAGAUCCCUCCGAAAUCAGUGAUGAUCUAGAAUCUUUUCCCGUCGAUCAGUACCAGCCGGACAUGCAGCAACUCGUUCCGCUCAUCGUCGAGCAGCUUCGGUUGGGGAACAUUUCCGAGCAGGAGCAGGAAACGCUGGCGCGCAUCUUCGAGGACACGUGGCCGCUGAUGGUGGCGGAAGCUACGCGGACGGAUGACCGCCGGAUCGAUGCCCAAAUGCAGGGCAUAGUGGAAAAUUUGAACUCGCUCGUUUGAGCGAAGGUGUGCAGUGGAAAAUGCACACUUUUUGUUUCUUGUAAAUAGAUUACUUUACGACGGUUUACCGCUACA